ACAGUGAGGCAGAGACGUCACAUGAAGCACCGCUCUUACAAGAAGAAGAAAACCCUGAGGCUCAGCCUGCAGUUAAAACCAGAACAAUACCAAACACAAAAAGAGCUAAACUGAUAACUCGCAUCCAAGAGGGUGAAGGGAAACCACAGAGCUUUCAGAUUGCCAUUAAUAUCACAGAAGCCAGGCAGCUUGUGGGGGAAAACAUCGACCCCAGUGUGGUCAUUGAAAUUGGGGAUGAAAAGAAACAGACAACUGUCAAAGAGGGAACCAAUGCACCAUUUUACAAUGAGUAUUUUGUGUUCGACUUCUUUGCUCAUAAAGAAAUCUUCUUUGACAAAGUCAUCAAGCUGACGGCAGUUCACUCCAAAAUGCUGAGGACUGUCUCUGUGGGGUCCUUUAAGUUGGAUGCAUGGACUGUCUACAAGCAGCCAGGUCACCAGUUCAUCAAUAAGUGGGCAACAUUGACCAAUCCUGGUGACAUCAGUACUGGAGUCAAAGGUUACAUCAAGUGCGACAUUAGUGUCUCAGCAAAAGGAGAUGCCAUGCAGCCAGGGAUAAAAGCAAGUGAUGCAGACGAACAGAUAGAAAAGAACCUGUUGGUUCCAGAGGGGUUUCCCUCUGAACGACCAUGGGCUCGUUUCUGUGUGAAGGUGUACCGAGCUGAAGGCCUCCCCAAGAACAACUCCAGCAUCAUGGCCAAUGUCACCAAGGCCUUUAUAGGAGACAACACAGCACUUAUAGACCCUUACGUUGUGGUCAGCUUCUUCAAACAAGUGGGUCGCACAUCCACUCAGAAAUCCACAGCCGACCCAGUGUGGAAUGAGCAGAUUGUUUUCACUGAGAUGUUUCCUCCUUUGUGCCAAAGACUAAAAAUCCAGGUCUGGGAUGAAGGAAGCAUGAAUGACGUUGCCAUAGGAACCCAUUAUUUUGACCUGAAACGCAUUUCCAAUGAACAAGAUGGCGACAAAGGGUUUUUACCAACAUUUGGUCCUGCUUGGAUCAACUUGUACGGCUCAGCCCGGAACUACUCUUUGGGCGAUGACACGGGAGAACUCAACGAGGGCAUCGGCGAGGGCGUUUCCUACAGGGGUCGAGUCUACAUGGAACUGACAGUGGAAAUCAUGUCAGGGGGAGCAGGCUCAGAGUCUAAACUCAGCCGAAUGAGCAAACCUGUGAAAGAUGCUAAAGCAGCCAAAGCUGGAGGGAAGGAUGGGAAGACCCCUGCUGGAGGUGGAGGAGGAAGUGGAGCAUCAGGAGGAGCAGUUGAUGAUGACAAAGGGAAAGCUGGAGCAGCCGAGGUCCUGCCUGUGGAAUCUCCUCCUGUGCUGAGUGAAGAUGAUUGUGAAAGUUUCAUGCUGUUUGGUGCCAUCUUUGAAGCCACCAUGAUUGACCGAAAGAUUGGAGACAAGCCCAUCAGUUUUGAGUUCUCCUUGGGUAAUUAUGGUAAUGUCCUGGAGUCUGCAGCCCAGCCAAGUCCAGUUAGUCCUGCUGUCCCUCGAAGGAAAAAAACUCUGGACGCCCCGGACAGCAGCAAUGUGAUUGGCUCCUCCCCUCCCGGYUCUUAUUCUGUUAGCCCUACCACCCUCCUCCUGCCCAAAGAACCUUCAGACUCAAGUGCGAGCCUCAAGUCCACCACCCCUCCAGAGAGACCUCAAAUUGUCGAAGGAAACAGACACUACACAUAUUUACCCCUGGAGAAAAAGAAGCCAUGUGUUAAUGUGCUGGGUUACUGGGAGGACAGAACCUACCGACUGUACAACUCAAACAUGUUGGCGAACAUAGCGUUACUGUUUGAGGAAGGUGUGAACAGUGCAGCUGAGCUCCACAGGAAGUUGGACCCAGCAGCUGAGCCAACACUUAGAACUGCACUCACAGAUUUUUCCAUAGAUGCCAGGAACUUUAUUGCAGCUGCAGAGGCCAAGCUGAAGGCUGAACUUAAGCAAAGCUAUCUGACGCAGCUUGACAAGAAACGCCUGACGAUGUGCAAACAGGAGCUGGAGAGUAUGAUCACAGAAGCCAAUUCACUGGAAGAGAGGAAAAAAAAGAGUGGUGGAAUGAAAGAAAUGCUGCAGGAAGCUUCGAAGCUGAAUCAACGACUGUGUUUCCUUGUUGAAGAGCCCCAGCACACAGUGCCAGACAUGUUUGUUUGGUUGCUGAGUAACAACAAGCGUAUCGCUUACGCCAGAGUGCGAACCAGAGACCUGCUGUACUCCAGCAACCAGGAAUCCCGCGGAAUCCUCUGUGGCAAGAUAGUAACACUGUUUCUGAAGCCUCCAGGAAAGCGUGUUGCAACGUUGUCAGUCCAAGCCAAGCUGGAUGUUUACCUAUGGUUUGGAUCUUGUUCKGACUCUGGCCACAUGUUAGAUGACCUGCCUGCAGGAUUCAAACCGGAUACAGGAAGCUUUGAUGCCAGCAGUCCCCCUUUGCACCUGGUCUGCCAUGAUCAUUAAUCAGACCCUCAGUCCCACAUGGAAUCAGUGUUUGGCAAUGGGCCGCCUGGUGCUGAGUGGAGACCUGCAGUUCAUCCAGGAGGAGCCUCCACGCAUCAUCAUYGAGGUGUACGAUGACGACGCUCUGGGGAAAGCUGAGUACCUGGGAGCCACUGUGGCUGUUCCUGAGGUGCGUCUGUCCUCCUCAGCCUACACUCCCCCCCUCCUGCAGUACAGCCCUAUCCACUGUGGCAGCCAAUCAGGAGGAGACCUGCUGGCUGCGUUUGAACUGCUGCAGAUCUCCAAGUCGGGCCAGCAGAUGCUGCCGGAUUUAGAAGAAGGAGAAGGAGGCAUCUACACAGUUCCUGCCAACAUCAGGCCUGUUCUCAGCACUUACAGGCUGGAGGUUUUGUUCUGGGGUCUGAGGGAACUAAAAAAGGUUCAGCUCCUGUCUGUUGAUCGACCACAGGUGUUCAUCGAGUGUGCAGGUAAAACCCUCCGUUCCUCUGUCAUUCAAAAGUAUAAGUCCAACCCAAACUUCACCACCCUGGUUGAUGCCAUAGAGCUGGAGUUACCAGAAAAGGAACACCUCCAUCCUCCUCUCAGUAUCACGGCUGUUGACUGGCGGGCCUUUGGUCGCAGCACCCUGGUUGGAAAUCACAUCAUCAACAACCUCAAGGCCUUCAAGUACACACCACCCCCAACCCCACCUCCUGUCGUACAGAUACACAAACCACCUCGGUUGCCAGAGCCCCCCAGACCACCUCCAACACCGGAGACAUUUGGAGCUGAAGGAGUUCCAAAGGAUGCUGCAGAGACCAGUUCUACAGCAACACUCACCAACCAGGAGUUUCUGAUCACCAUGGAGGAUGAAACUCCACCUCCUGUGCCAUCUCCACCACAGUCCGAUUCCAAGAAGAAGAGGGAGAGUCAUUAUAAGAGUGUCCGUCGUUCCACCAAGAGACGGAAACGAACCAUUGCUGAUGAAUCAGCAGAGUCUGUCAUUGACUGGUGGUCUAAAUAUUAUGCAUCUGUGGAGAAACAGGACAAACAGAAGGACGGCUCUCAAUUUCCUCAUGUUUUUGAGAAAGCUUUGCCAUACCACAGCUUGCUCAACGAUGGAAUAGACACGUUGGUCAGCAGCCAGUCAGAUGGAGAAAAGAGAAAGAAACAAAAAUCAAAAGGAACCCAGGAGCUCAGCACCGGACUGUGUACUAAAUUAGCCACACUCAAGAUAUAUAACAAGGAACUGGAGGCAGAGUUUGGUCCUUUUGAUGACUGGGUGACCACUUACGAGCUGUCCAGAGGAAAAGCCAAUGAAGAUGAGGGAGCAUCUGAGGAAAGGGUUGUUGGGAAAUUUAAGGGACGAUUCUGCCUCUACAAGCUGAGGGACGAUGAGGCAGGAAAUGAAAUCACGGACACAAGUCAAUUCGUUGUCAGCAGAGGAAUCCCUCCCAACCACCAGGUCCAAGUCCUCAUACGAGUCUACAUCAUUUCUGCAAAGAACCUACACCCAUCUGAUCCGGAUGGGAAGGCCGACCCUUACAUUGUUCUUCGUCUUGGUAAACAGGAAAUCAAAGACAGAGACAACUACAUUCCUAAACAGCUAAACCCUGUUUUUGGAAGAUCUUUUGAGCUACAGGCCACAUUUCCUCAGGAGUCUUUGCUCUCCGUGGUCAUCUAUGAUUAUGACUUGGUGGGAGGGGAUGACUUGAUCGGAGAAACUCGCAUUGAUUUGGAGAACCGCUUUUACAGUCGACACAGAUCCACCUGUGGACUUCCUACUGAGUACAGCCUUGGGGGUUAUAAUGCCUGGAGAGACUGUCUGAAACCAUCAGAGUUGUUGUCGAAGAUGUGUAGAGAGAAUGGUGUGGACGGCCCUCACUUCAGUCCAGGACGUAUCGUUGUGGCAGACAAAGUUUUCACUGGCAAGACGUUGUACAUGGAUGAGAGUAAAGAUGAACCGGUGGAGUCCUAUGAGCAYCUGUCUCUGAAGGUCCUGCACCGGUGGGCUGAGAUCCCAGCUGUAGGGUGCAAACUGGUGCCAGAACACAUAGAGACCAGAACUCUGUACACCAAGGCCCGGCCUGGAAUGGACCAGGUAUUACUUUAUUUAUCUUUUAAUGAAACCAGUAAAUACAAGAUUUAUAUCUGCAGAUUAUUAACAUUUGAAGUAAACCUGGUUGAAGGUAUAGGUGACACUGAAAAGCAACAAAAUUGGGUAUUUAUCAGUCAGUUUUACAGAUAUCAAGCAAAAUUUUGGUGUGCUGAUGUUCACUUACAGUACAUACUCUGGCUGAAAGGACUGGAAGAUGACCGACAGGAGACCGACGUGCACUACAACUCUCUGACUGGAGAAGGAAACUUCAACUGGCGCUUUGUGUUCCCCUUCAGCUACAUGCCAGCUGAAAAGGUUGUGGUUGUGAAGAAAAGAGAYCAUAUCUUCUCUCUGGAUAAAACAGAGCAGAAGCUGCCUGCCAUCCUCAUCCUGCAGGUGUGGGACUUUGAGACGCUCUCCUCAGACGACUUCCUCGGCACAUUGGAAAUGGACCUCCAUGGAUUCCCCCGUGGAGCAAAGACAGCCAAGGCCUGUAAGGCAGACAUGUUGACAGAGCCRAGUGAGAGGACCUCCAUCUUCCAGCAGAAGAGAGCUCGAGGCUGGUGGCCUUUUCUCAAAUCUGGAGAGCUCACUGGGAAAGUGGAGGCAGAGUUUCAUCUUGUAACAGCCGAUGAGGCUGAAAAGAACCCCGUCGGCAAAGCACGGAAAGAACCAGAGCCUCUGCCAAAACCAAACCGCCCAGACACAUCUUUCUCCUGGUUCGUGAACCCGUUCAAAUGUUUCUUCCACUUGAUCUGGGGAAGCUACAAGAAGUACAUCAUCAUAGCCUUGGUCCUCCUCAUCACCGCGCUCUUCCUCGCCCUGCUCUUCUACACUCUGCCAGGAGCCAUCUCCCAGAAGAUCGUCAACGGAUAACAGAACACAGCACAUUUWUAUGCAGAAAGAUAGAUUGACUUCACAUGAGCUUCUUUUCAAACGUCCAUCUGAAACCUAUCAAAUCUGAACAAGAAAACUGCUCUGCUUAAUUUGAAAGUUUUACAGAUUUUUUGGUAACAUUUUAUAACUACACUUCUUUAAAGCUUUACUUUAUCAUUAAUAAAUGGUUUGUUAACUUUGAUCAUUAACUGGGAUGAUUCAUACUUAAGCUAUAAAUUAACACAUUWAUGCUUUAGUKRUUAUUCAUAUUUCAUGUUUAAUCGGAGUAUAAUUCAAUGAUAAAGUCAGCACCGUGAAUGAAAACUAUCUGUACUKCAGACACAUUUAGUCACUGAACAAWUGAGUAAACUGUGGGAAUACAAUGUUUCUACUUAGAAUGACAUGAGAUUACAACCAGGAUAACUGCUGGCAGGUCAAAUUUGGCACCUCUGGCUUAGAGAAWGUUUUAUUUGACUGGUUUCAGUCUGAUUUCCACAGCUAAAAAGGAACUUGUGUCCCUUCGUGUUUUUUUUCUACAUUAAUAAAAGCAUUAAAAAGCAUUAAUGGUCUUCAUUUUAGAAGUGUUCUCAAAAACACUUGAGUACUAACAUCUGCCUUAAUUAUUUAUGCAAUGCAGGAUUAGUAGUUAGUCAAUUCAAAUGUUCUCUAACCAUUAAUGCAUGUCUAACAUCUGGUGUAAAAGUACAUUUAUAUUAGUAUGUACAUACAUAUUAAUCAAUCAAUC